AUUCCAAGAGUAAGAAGAAAUCAACAAGAUGCAAAGAUCGUGGGCCAUAUUCUUGUAUAACUACUGACAUACCUUCUGAUAAAUAUUCUAAUGCCAUGACAUUAAUUGAAUAUGACAUUGACAAAACUUUGGAAAUCAAGGAAGAAUUAAUCACAGAUGAAGAAACAGUUGUAGGUCAGAAGGAAAAGAAGUACGCAUGUGAAAAGUGUGCGCGAAGCUAUAUACGGAAAACGCAUUUGGAUAGUCAUAAAAAAUUCGGAUGUGGCGUCAUGCCACAGUUCAGUUGUCAAAUCUGCGGCAGACUAUAUAGAUGGAAAAACGCCUUGAAGCACCAUAUAAGUUCCGUGCAUCAGAAGGCAGACUCGAAGAUAUCGCCAGUGAUAUAUAAUUGCGAUAAAUGUACUCGAAGUUAUCGUGCGUUAAGUUCUUUACAUCAACAUAAACGUGUAGAACAUGCAGCAGUCAAACCACAAUUUUUUUGUUAUUCUUGCGAAUAUAAAACGAAUCGGAAAUCAAAUUUGUCUAAACACAUUACUUCACGCCAUUCGCAGACAUUGAAAAUAAGGUAUAAAUGCGACAAAUGUUCGCGAAUUUAUCAUUCGGUAAGUGGUUUAAAUCAACAUAAAUGUGUAGAACACUCGGCAGUCAAAUCAUAAUUUACUUGUGAUAGACGCAAAUAUAACUUGUGCAAAGAAAUUACUUCAAAACAUGUCAGUAAGUAAUGAUUAUUAUCUUGGCGAAACUCUAUUUUUCCUUAAGAAAUUUUGCAUACUAGUUGAGGCAGCUCUUUUUUGUAUUACUAUAAAUACUCUUAUAAAUGUAUAUUCUAUAUUUUAAAUUACUUUUUGUCAAAAUCACCACUUAAUACUCUAUUUUACCUUUUAAUGGUUCCAAAAAGUGAAUAUACUCUCCAUCGAUAAUGACAUGAAUUAACUUUCACAUAUGUAUAAUUUUUUAUUUAUAAUUUUGUAAAUUAUGUAAUGCAAAUUCUGAAAUUAACGAUUUAAACAGAAAGUUGGCAAGAAUAGCCCGAUUUGAAGUUCCUCCACGUUAACGCAAUGUCUGAUAAUAUUAUAGAAUAAUGAAUG